CUUAGUGGUGAGGCGGAGGACUGUCCGGCCUUGCGCUGUCAUGGCGGCGGUGGUGAGGUUCGCUGCGCUUCUGCUGCUGUCUGUGUCCCUCAGCGCCGCCGUGUACGAAGACCAAGUGGGGAAGUUUGACUGGAGGCAGCAGUAUGUGGGACGGCUGAAGUUUGCUGCUCUGGAGUCUGGACACGGAGCGAAGAAACUGAUCGCUGCCACAGAGAAGAACGUCGUCUUAGCCUUGAACUCGCGCACGGGCGACAUCUUGUGGCGUCACAUCGAUAAGGACACCACAGAGGGCUCCAUAGAUGCUCUGCUUAUUUAUGGGCAAGAUGCCAUCACUAUUUCUGGUGGUCGCGUGUUACGUUCCUGGGAGGUUAAUAUUGGGGGACUGAAUUGGGAAGCACUUUUAGAGCCCGGCAGCUUUCAGGCAGCCGGUUUUGCUGGAAAUCAGGACACCGCAAGGUACAUUGCGGUACUGAAGAGCUCGGCGCUGUCGCUUCACUAUCUGUCCAAUGGGCACCAGAAGUGGUCCGAACCUCUGCCAGACAGUGGCACCGUACAGUACCAGAUGCUGCAUUCCUCCUACAAGGGGGUGGUGCACGUGGUUGGAAUUGUCCCUGACGAUCACAUCCGGAUCCUGACGUUUAGCGUGGAAGAUGGAUCCAUCAGGCAGCAGGUUCAGGUGCCCACUCGCUGGCUUCACACGUUGCAUGGGAGUUGCGGGAUAGUGACUGAGAGUGUCCUGGUGUGUGCAGACACAGUCACCGCCUCCAUCCAUACCUUGUCUCUGCUGUCCGGAGAGGAGAUGACCCAGCAUCACCUGCAGUCUCUUGGCGUGGAAGCGAUUGAUGAUAUCACGGAGCUCGGCGUUGUGACAGCCCCACGUACCACAACAGGACCAACCCUGCCACAGUUCUUCCUCCAGAUCUCUCCACGACGCUUCUUACUAAUGCAGCUUCGAGAUGGCAUCCUAACCCCGCUGCGAGACUUCUCUCAGGCAUAUCUGGUUACUUUUGCUUCUACGGGUGACAAGUCCGUGGCUGCAGUUCUGCAGUGCAAGACCGACGCGAAAACCCCAGAAGUGGAGAUUCCGGCCGGGCCGAGCUGCUCUCAGGAUGCCUGGUCAUGUCCCGGACAGACCUUCACCCUCAGCCUGUACAUGGCGGACAGUGGUCGGAGGCUCCUGGACACCACCAUGACCUUCACCCUGGAGCAGAGCUGUGUGACACCUGAUGCUUUGUACCUGCAGCUGUUCUUGAAGAAGGACGACUCGGUGGGUUAUCGAGCUCUAGUACAAACCGAGGACAACCAGCUCUUGUUCCUGCACCAACCAGGGAAGACCUUAUGGCUACGAGAGGAGUCUCUUGCUGACGUGGUCACCAUGGAAAUGGUUGAUUUGCCACUCACGGGGGCCCAGGCUGAGCUAGAAGGAGAAUUUGGGAAAAAAGCAGCUAUACAAGAUGGUCUCCUGGGAAUGGUGUUUAAACGCUUGUCCUCCCAGCUGAUUUUGCUGCAGUCCUGGAGCGCUCACUUAUGGAAGAUGUUCUGUGACGCUCGGAAGCCACGCAGCCAGAUCCGCAACGAGAUCAACAUAGACACGCUGGCUCGAGAUGAGUUCAACCUGCAGAAGAUGAUGGUCAUGGUGACCUCUUCUGGAAAGCUCUUUGGGAUUGAGAGCAGCUCUGGGAGUAUCCUGUGGAAGUUUUACCUACCAGGAGUGAAGCCUGGAGCGUCCUUCAAGCUUGUUGUACAACGAACAACAGCCCACUUCCCUCAUCCUCCUCAGUGUACCCUGCUGGUGAAGAACAAGGAGACGGCCAUAACCUCCAUUUAUGUCUUUAACCCUAUCUUCGGAAAGCUGAGUCAGAUGACUCCUCCUCCUCUGCAGCGACCCAUCCUUCAAUCCCUUUUGCUCCCUAUAAUGGAUCAUGACUAUGCCAAAGUGCUGCUCCUGCUGGACGAUCAGCAUAAGGUCAUCCCCUUCCCAUCCACAAAAUAUGUCCUGCAGCAACUACAGGAAUUUUGUUCCACCGUCUUCUUCUAUCUGGUGGACUCGGAGAGGGGGAAACUCACUGGACUUCGCCUGCAUAAGGAUCUUUCAACGGAGGAGAUCUGGGAAAUCCUGCUCCCACCAGAGCUCCAGAGGAUUACACUGGUGAAGGGAAAGCGUUCCAAUGAGCAUGUUCACUCCCAGGGGCGAGUUAUGGGUGACCGCAGUGUCCUCUACAAGUACUUGAAUCCCAACUUGUUGGCGUUGAUUACGGAGAGCACAGACACCCAUCCGGACCGCUGCUUCAUAGGAAUCUACCUCAUUGAUGGUGUGACUGGACGCAUUAUACACUCAUCCGUGCAAAGGAAAGCUAAAGGUCCUGUCCACCUCGUUCACUCUGAAAACUGGGUGUUGUACCAGUAUUGGAACAGCAAGGCUCGACGCAAUGAGCUCUCCAUCCUGGAGCUGUAUGAGGGGACAGAGCAGUAUAACAGCACCAGCUUCAGCUCUCUGGACAGACCUCACCUCCCACAUGUCCUUCAGCAAUCCUACAUCUUCCCCUCGUCCAUCCGCGCCAUGCAGGCCACAAUCACUGAACGUGGCAUCACCAGCCGACACGUCCUCAUUGGACUUCCGUCAGGCGCAAUUCUAUCCCUUCCUAAGGCUUUACUGGACCCUCGCCGGCCUGAGGUGCCAACAGAGUAUACCAGGGAAGAGAACCUGAUUCCCUACACGCCUGACAUUCAGAUUCACGCUGAACGCUUUAUAAACUACAACCAGUCCAUAUCCAGAAUGAGGGGGAUUUACACGGCCCCGUCCGGCCUGGAGUCCACCUGUCUUGUUGUAGCCUAUGGUCUGGACAUCUACCAGACUCGCGUCUACCCCUCCAAGCAGUUUGACGUGUUGAAGGAUGACUAUGAUUACAUCCUGAUCAGCAGCGUGCUCAUCGGCCUGGUCUUCGCCACAAUGAUCACCAAGAGACUGGCACAAGUUAAGCUCCUGAAUCGGGCGUGGCGCUAAGCCAGGAGAACAAAGGAGCCUUUAGACACCAGAGACUUAAAGACACUCUCUCCAUCUCUGAUGGCUGAAGAGAGGAGGCUGUCCAUGGGCUCUGGGUGUAUGGAAACGACUGCUGUAACUUGAAUAUGUGACGCGCCAGCCUGCCAUCACGUCACUGCCACCCCACUGCUGGUGGACAGGCCUGCACUGGAGUAAAUAGGGAGGAAAUCUCUGCUGGUUGAAUGGAUGAGUGAAAGGAAUUUUUCUCAGAUUUCUGGUUUUAUGUGCAAUCGUUACAUGAUGAAAAGUUCUGUGACUUUAUAAUAUAUUUUGUGUUGCAAUUUCUCACUGUUUUCUGGAUCGCUGCUUGCUGUCAGUGAAUGGGGACACUCAUUGUUUAUAUCAAGAGGAUAGAAAUCAGACAGAUCUAAUACUUGUCACAGCUGAGGGCUUCUUACAUUUGUAUCCAAUCUGGACAAUACUCUCUAAGGGGAAUUUCUUAGGCUAGUCUUAAAGAGAGUCUUUCACCUAAAAUGACCAUUAUACACCACAAACAUCAUGA